AUGACCACUUCAGCAGCUUCAGUUGCCACGUCAUCCAAGAGGCGGAACCGCAGACGUCGCCAGGACAAGCCCGCUGUCACCGCCAAGCUCAUCCUCGAUGAUCACAUCAAGAGCGACGUCGGCAUUGUGUCCGAGGACCUCUUUUGCGACCUCUUCCCUCACCUUCAACACACCCCGGGUGACGACUCCGAGUCCGACCAUCUCCAUCACAUCGCAAUCGCCCCAUGGGCCCCCAACGCCGGCCCUGUCGACAGCCCUUGGUCCAUUGUGCCCGUUGUCAGAUCCCCUGGCCUGCCGCACUCCACCGUUCAAUUUUCGCCGUCCUCGCCGUCCCUCCAGAGCUUUGCUGUGACGCUGCAGCAGGUCGCGCCCUCUAAGCUGUCUAGCCACAGUCGUGGGGGCAUUGAGAUCCUCGUCCUCGACGUCGCCCCCGUCCCGCUUGAGACCGUCUUUGUCAGUCUUGAGAGUGAAUUAACAAAGAGACUAGAGAAUGGAGAGGGUACAUUCUUCCGAGAACACCCUACCAAUCCCAAGGGCAGGAGCGCGGCCAAUUCGUCUUCGGAGGAACGGUUGAUUGCUGCCCUCAGGACCGCCCUGAGCAGCCUCAAGGUUGUACACUCUGGGGACCUAUUCCCGCUUCCCCUCCCGCCUCACCCCCUCACUCAUGUUCCCCCGAACCCGGGAAAGAUCAUGCUGUGCGAGCCAGUAGCCCAGGGCACCCUGACCGACUCGACCAAGAUUGUCCUUAUGCGUGGACGAGUCCACACCAAGCAGAUCCGCCGUGUAGCUUCCAUGACGGCGAGCCAACGACUCAAUGGCGUCACUGAGGACGAGGACGGAAAUGGGACCGACCAAUUCUAUUCAGCUGCCGAAGAACGCUACAAGACUGAUGCUCUCACUGAAGCGACAGAGUCAGCCACCGAGACGGAGACUGACUUGUCUGGGUCCGAUAAUGAAGACGAACUUUCGGAUGAUUCCAUGGACGAUAUGAUCUCCCUCCAGGCUCCUUCUUUGCCCACCACCAACGCCAGCGGAAUGUCUACACUGCAGCCAGGAACCCCAAUGACAGUGGGCACGCUGCGCGGCAGAAAAACCAACGGCAUCAACACACCCGGCUCCGUUUUCUCCAAUUUCACUGCAACUACUGCUAGGCCAGACAGGCCUCGUGGUCGGCUGUUCAAAGCUCAAGGUCUAAUGCGACCCAUUUCCUCAGAUAUCUUGCACCCGAAGCCGUCAUCCGAGGAUGACGAAGAAGCUAGAAUCUAUGUCGAUGUUUCGUCAUUGCCCAAGAUCGGAUGCUUCUCUGGCGACUGGGUGCGGAUCGAAGCUACUGAGGAGCCACCGCUGAAUGGAUUUGGGGCCUUUGGACUGGGAAGUUUCGGGCAGCCAGAGCCGGAGCCUUCCAAGUGGAGGCCUGUCCGAGUCUAUGGCCUGCCGGAAGGCUACUCACAGCGCCCGAUGACCAGAAUACCUAGCGCCAAGCAUGGCGAACGAAAGCUCUCGUUCUUUGAGUCUCAGGUACAGCGUCCUGCUAGCCCAGCUGCGUAUGCCUCGCCCAUCCUUCUGGCCAAUCUCGAUGAUACUCCGUAUCUGCGCCUCUCGCCCCUCAAGAAAGCCUCCUAUCAAGGAAAGGGAACACUCCCUAGGUUCACAAGUGCGAUUCGUCCUCCCUACGCUCGAGAUAUCACCAUCCAUCACAUCCGAACCCCGAUUUCAGCCGAGAGAGCUUUUCAAACCGCCGUGUUGGGUGGACUCAAGCGGUACUUUGCGCAAAAGACCCGCCUCGUACGAAGUGGCGAUCUGAUUGCGGUGCCAGUGGAUGCACAGCUUGGACGCACUCUCCAGGAGAUGCCUGGCGCCGGAGGCUCCGAAGUGGACGAUGUAAUGGCGUUGACUGCUGGGGGCCAAGAGACCGGGAAAGAACCAUCGCGAUAUGACAGUGUCGCAUGGUUCAAGAUUGGACAUAUCCAAAUGCAAAAGUCGGACGACGAUGAAGAUGGCACCGCCGAGACUUUUUGGGGAUCGGUGGCCUGCAUUGACAGUUCGUCUGUAGGCAUGCAUGGCUCUGGCUUUGAGACGAGUCGGAUACCAGGAAUCAAGCAGAGCACCUGGCAGUACUACCUCGGACUGAAGAAGACACCCAGAAGAGGCUCAGAGUCUACGCCGCCACCGAUUCAAGAACACGAAGCCCCAUAUGUGUCUCCCCUGAGGCAUCAGAUAAGGCAAUUGAUCGCUGCUGCCACAAGUCAAAGAGCAAUCCAUCUCAAGAUGCCCCCGGUCGCUAUCCUCUUGACAUCUACACACCGAAAUAUCGGAAAAUCGACUCUUGCAUCGAAUUCCUGCGCUGACAUGGGUCUUCACACGUACACCAUUGACGCCUACGAUAUCUUGAGUGAGGGAAGUGGCAGUGGAAGUGAUGUCAAAACGGAGGGUUUCCUCAGGACCAGAGCUGAUCGAGCGAUGAGCUGCGGUGCUGAUUGCUGUGCAUUGCUUAUUGAACAUAUUGAAGCGCUGACGGCCGAUCGGAUUGAGGCAACCAUCAAAGAGAUAUUGGAGGAUACUAGAGUGAUCAUAGCUACCACCAACGAGGUUGACAAGGUCCCUGAUGGCGUCCGAGGACUGUUCACCCACGAGUUGGAAAUGGGAGCACCUGAUGAAGCUGAACGUGAGGCUAUUCUCAAGACUAUCAUCAGCGAUCGCGGAGUCAGUCUGGAGCCUUCCAUUGAUCUCAACUCUGUUGCCCUUAAAACCGCAGCUCUAGUGGCUGGCGAUUUGGUUGACGUUGUUGAACGGGCCUCGAUAGCCCAACAGUCACGCUUGGAGAAACUCUCAGCCAAGAACACCAAGAAUGGCUUGACUGUUACUGUUCGAGAUGUUCAGGUUGCCGGUGGCCCGCUCGCUCGUUGUCUUACGAAAGCAGACUUUGAGGUUGCCGUCGAAGCUGCUCGCAAGAACUUCUCUGACUCUAUCGGUGCUCCCAAGAUUCCAAACGUAACCUGGGACGAUGUCGGUGGUUUGAACAACGUCAAGGAGGCUGUGACGGAGACUAUCCAACUGCCACUGGAGCGGCCCGAGCUGUUCGCAAAGGGCAUGAAGAAGCGGUCUGGUAUUCUCUUCUACGGACCUCCCGGAACUGGAAAGACGCUUCUGGCCAAGGCCAUUGCAACAGAAUACAGUCUCAACUUCUUCAGCGUUAAAGGUCCGGAACUGCUCAACAUGUACAUCGGAGAGUCGGAAGCCAACGUCCGACGAGUGUUCCAGCGAGCCCGCGAUGCUCGACCUUGUGUCGUGUUCUUCGAUGAGUUGGAUUCGGUGGCACCAAAGCGAGGAAACCAAGGAGACAGCGGCGGCGUUAUGGACCGAAUUGUCUCGCAGCUCCUCGCCGAGCUGGAUGGUAUGUCUGGUGGAGAUGACGGCGGCGGCGGCGUCUUCGUGAUUGGCGCAACGAACAGACCCGAUCUCUUGGACCAGGCUCUUUUGCGUCCUGGGCGUUUCGAUAAGAUGCUCUACCUCGGCGUUUCGGAUACCAACGAGAAGCAGCUCACCAUCCUCGAGGCACUGUCCCGAAAAUUCACCCUCCACCCGUCUGUAUCUCUUGCUUCUGUGGCCGAGAAGCUUCCCUUUACCUACACGGGUGCCGACUUUUACGCGCUGUGUAGUGAUGCUAUGCUUAAGGCCGUCACUCGCCAGGCCUCCGGUGUUGACGCCAAGAUCCGCGCCAUCAACGCGGACCCGGCCACUACACUCCCCAUUUCCACGGCGUACUACUUCGAUCACUAUGCUACUCCUGAGGACAUCGCUGUCAUGGUCACCGAGGCAGACUUCCUGGCGGCCAACGACGAGCUCGUGCCUAGUGUUAGUGCUGGUGAACUCGCUCACUAUGAGCGCGUGCGCGCGACCUUCGAGGGCGGUCGCGGCAGUGACAAGGACAAGCAGCAGACCGGCCAGCGAGUCGUAUCCGGGGCGUCAACGGCGUCAAAGGGAAAGGGCAAGGCCGUCGCGUCUGGGGCUGGCAAGGGCAAGGGCAAAGCGAUUGCCCUGGGUAGUGACGACGAGUUUGACGGUGAUGAGGCGGUUGAGGGCGAGGUUAAUGGACGGUCCAAGGGCAAGGGCAAGGCCGUCAUGGGGUUCCAGGAUGGCACGGCCAGUGACGAUGAUGGGCUGUACUAA